AUGUCGGACUCCGGAUCUGAAGAAAUAGACGAGGAACAGGAAGAGUAUCUGGGAUCUUAUGUUGGAGAAAGAAAUGAUCGCAAUGAACGUCAUGGUCAAGGGAAGGCAACUCUGCCCAAUGGAGAUACGUACGAAGGCUUUUACGAGAAUGGGAAGAGGAGUGGGACAGGUGUCUACAGGUUCAAGAAUGGAGCUCGUUACAUGGGAGAAUAUGCAAACAACAAAAAGCAUGGCCAGGGAGUGUUUAUUUAUCCAGAUGGCUCCAAAUAUGAAGGAAAUUGGGCAGAAGAUCAGCGGUGUGGGUUUGGGAAAUAUUACUACAUCAACGGCGACUACUAUGAGGGAGAGUGGCAGGACCACAUCCGCCAGGGUCGAGGGACGUACUUCUACGCUGCUACCGGCUCUAAAUAUGUGGGCUUAUGGAACAACGGCAAGUGGGAGGGGCAUGGGGAGUUGAUACAUGCCAAUCAUAAGUAUGCUGGCAAGUUCAAGGACAAUAAGCCUGAAGGUCGAGGAAAGUACAUCUUUGACAUUGGAUGUGAGCAACAUGGGCGAUACGUUUCUGUUUUGCUUGACAAGGACGACAAUGAAGAUGAAGAUGAUCCCUCUGCAAAUUUGGUUCCAAAGUGGGAGGCUGGUGCAGUCACUGCUCUUCAUGUGAAGACCCCAGAAGAGGAAGAAGAGGAAAGACUGUUGGAGGAAGCGGCCAGAUUUAAAGCACAGCUAGAAGCUGAAGCAAUUGCCAAAGCAGCCGAGGAAGAACAUUCCAGACAGGAGGAAGAGAGGCUAGCAGCAGAAGCAGAAGCGGCCGCUGAGUUAGAAGAGGCAGCAGCUGCUGCAGAAGAAGACAGAAUGGGGGAUGAUCCUGCAGAAAUGAAUGAGGCGGGAGGAGACACCGGAAGAUUUGAAGAGGGAGACGGAGAAGGUGUUGCAGAUGAUACGGAUGAGACAGCACCCCAAGCUGAUGGAGAAGAAUAG